AUGGUGAAGAUUGCAAGAAAUGAGAGCAGAAAUAUCACCAGCCGGCAGACGGAGCCUCUCAAGCCAACAGAAGCAGCAAUCAGGCCGACCGAGGAAUGGAAAGAUGCAUUUGGCAAUGCCAGCAAUGACGUAGUUGAACAAGAGGAGAGCACUGACAGCAUUCCUAGCCCACUGUUCUUGGGCACAAAGCCGAAGAAAAGGCUCACUUCCAAGGUGUGGGAUGACUUCGUACCCUCCUUUGUCAAUGCGAAGCUUGCGCACGCCGAAUGCAUGCACUGCCACAGGGUCUUCAACUAUGAUGGCACCUCCAGCCUUUGGAAUCACCAGGCCAGGUGCAGCCCUAGCAUUCAGGCUCAGAAGAGGCCAAAGCUGCACGGGCAUGCAUCCCUGCCAUCAACGCAGAAGAACACUACAACAGCUAUUUCUGAUCCAAAACAGAAAAGGCUACCAUUCUUGCUAUCUAGCCACAAGAAAGGCUUAGGCACAGCAGGUACAGUGCCUGAGCUGGAGCUUGCCUCGCCUGACACUCCUACAAACACGAAUAGGAUGAAUCAAGAGGUUGAUCAGAGUGGGUCUCAUGAGAAACUUGCAGCACCCAAGCAGAAGAAUCUAGCACUGCCAGUUGUUUCCACUGAUAAGGAUAAGAAGAAUCAAGGAGUUGACAAGGACAUUUCUCAUGAACUCGUCAGGAUAUUAGCCAUGCACAGACAUGCAACAAGGAUGGUGGAACAAGACGACUUUGGGUUACUUGUUGCUCACUUGAAUCCUGCGGUCAAGAUUCCAUCCCACAUUGACCUGAUGAUGAAGACUUUUGACUUGUUUCGGCAAGAAAAGUCCAAGCUGAAGGAGAAGUUAACAGCUUUGUCAUGUCGUGUUUGCCUGAGUGCAUACAUAUGGCACUACGAUCUACUGCUGGUAUUCUUGUGCUUGACUGUUCACUACAUUGAUGAUGAAUGAGAGAAGCAGAACAAGAUCAUCAGAUUUUGCCGUGUGGAUCCCUCUUGCAGCACAGAAGAAUUGAGAUAUACCAUAUUGCGAGCUAUUGAAGAUUGGGGUCUUGAUGACAAGGUUUUCAGCAUUAUACUGGAUGAUGCAUUUGUUGAUGAUUCAGUGGCUUCAAAUGUCAAAGCCAGUCUUCAGAAAAGGAACAAGUUGCCGCAAAUCAGAGCUUGCUUGUGGCACGUUAUGCAACUUAUUUAAUUGAUGAGGUUAUUCAGGUGGGUCUGGAUGAACUUGACAGAGUCAUGGAGAUGUUCACAAAGUGUUCUAGGUAUCAAAUGGAUUCCAUGCCUUCUCUUGUAUAUUAUCCCAACUGCAGAUAUGCACCAUCAUUUGAAGCCUGGACAAAAGCACAGAAAAUUUGUGACAUCUUGGAAUAUUUUCAUAAAUACAAGGACUUCGUGCACAAGUUUCCUAGUCCAGUUGCUUUGUUUGAUAAGGUGUGGAAUGUGAAGGAAAAGGUGGAUCGUAAUACUGAUACUUAUAGGUUUAAACCAGUCUGGAAAGUCCUUCAGCGUGAAAAGGAGGACGAAGAAGUUUCCACUAUGUUGUGGAAGAUGGAAAGGAAGUUCAAGGAAUGCUGGAAAACCUGUUUCUUGCAUUUUUGUAUGCCUAUGGUGAUGGAUCCUAAAUACCGUCUGGAACACAUCAAGUCACGUAUACAACCGUUUACUGUGGAGAGUGCUUAUACUGUGGAUAGUGACAUAGAUUAUUAUAUUUGCGAAGUGCAUGAUACAUUGCUUAACCUCUACUUCGAAUAUUCGAGUUAGGUGCAAGAACCUAACUGCACUUCUUGGUCAGAAAUUAGCAUGGAAAAAGAGUUCAUAGGUAGAGAUAUUCUGCAUGAGUUAUAUCUUCACACUGAAUAUCCAUAUGGUCAGCGACCACCGACUGAACUUGAUCACUACUUGCAAGAGGCACGUCCGGCAACAGGUGAAUCCAGUCUUCUACGAUGGUGGAAGGAACAUUGCCAGACCUAUCCAACCAUUGGUCGGAUGGCACACGAUAUAUUGGCACUACCUUGCAGUAACAACUACAAUGCAGCAACAAGAAUUGCGAGAUUCGUGAUAUCUGAGUCAGGCAAUACAAGCCGGGUUGAGGAACUUGUCUGUAUUCAGGAUUGGCUCACACCAGCUGGUACUGCAAAGGUGGAGUCAGGCAAAUAAUCUUCAAAGUUGGAUACUUCACCAUUCCUGAACCUACUAUUACAUGC